AUGACGGCUCCUUUAGCUUCAGCGGAAGUGGAAAAUGCAGACGGAAAGAACAAAAAAUAUUUGUUUGUUUUAAUGUUUUAGCAUUAAAUGUUUCUAUUUGCACCAUGGCUCUGGUUCCGUACGUAGAGAACGUGGUACCUGCUCUUUCCAAACUUCAAAAUUCAUCAGCGCGUUUUCAUUUUGCCAGCCAUGAUAUCCGCAUAGCUCAGGACUGGAGGAAGCAUGGAGUUGCAGCGGUUGUAUGGGACGCGGCUGUUGUCAUGUGUAUGUACUUGGAGUUGGGCCAGGUCGAGCUCAAGGGCAAGGUUUCGAUUGAGCUGGGAGCUGGCACUGGACUGGUCGGCAUCGUCGCAGCCCUGCUGGGUUCCAAAGUGACAAUCACUGACAGGAAGUCUGCACUGGACUUCCUUUCUGCCAAUGUCAAAGGCAACCUGCCCUCUGACCUCUGGGAAUCUGUGGCCAUGUCUGAGCUGUCUUGGGGCGAGGGUCUUGACCGCUACCCAGCAGGGGGAUUCGACUUGGUCUUAGGAGCAGACAUAGUUUACCUGGAGGACACAUUUGUGCCGUUGAUAAAGACGCUUCAGCACCUGUGUGCAGAUGCUACUGUGGUGCUCCUGGCAUGCAGGAUCCGCUAUGAACGAGAUACCAAUUUUUUAAACAUGCUGAGGCAGCAGUUCACUGUUGAGAAGGUUUACUAUGACAAACAAAGGGACAUUCAUAUAUACAAAGCUUGGAAACAACUGCCCAGGAGUGAUUUAUGAUUUCUUUUUCAAAUACUUGAUAUCUAAAUAAAUGUCUUGAUUUUAAAGCCAAGCUUACCAGAAACACAUUAACAGCUGCCAAAAUGUAACAGCUCUAACAUAAUGUAUCAUACAAAUUGGUGCAGACAUUAAGAAAAUUAAUGAAAAGCCACAUCAAAGAUAACAAGACUCACUAUAUAUACAGCCGAAGAAUAAAAUAUGGUAUUCUAUCGUCUUGAAGUUUCUUGGGUUGGUUGUAACUGUUCAAUCCUUUUACGUUUGACCGCAGUCAAAUAUGAUAUGCAGCACACCUUAUCGAAUGCAUAUAUGCAAUGAUCAUUAAAAAAAUAAUAAUUGACCUGAACAUUUCAUUAUCAAUUUCUGCUUUGAGUUUCCCAAGUCCUUCAUUUUUACAUGUGAAAUAGGUGUCGGAAAAGUUCCAGACUAGCGUCACAAGAUAUAUUUCAAACCUAAACUACGAGCUUGUCCUUUGAAUACAGGCUGGAUGAUCAAUCGGCAAAUCCUUCAGCAUUAGCUUCGUUCAGUGUAUUAAAAGAGGCGAGUUGUGGAAGAACGUGCGGCUGCUCACAAUGUCCUAACCAAACGACACUUCGUGGCCAAGAACGUCACUGUGCAAAGGCAACCUCGCUAUUAACACGACAUGGCUCAGUGCGAUUUUAUUUUGCUCUUUCCCAAACUCAAAGGGUUCAUAAAAGAGACACCUUUUGAAGCGAUAGAUGAUGAUAUGGCUGAUGGCCAUGACGAUGGAGCCGCAGAGGAUCUCUGACAAAUACUUCCAGGAGUGCAUGAAGGAAUGGCAGACAAGACUACAAAAGUGUUUGGGCUGGCACAGCUCAGAUGGUAGCGUGGUUAUAUCCCAACCCAAAGGUUGUGGGUCCGACACUAAGCCAUUGUGAUCAUGUCUAAUUGUCCUUGAGCAUGAUAGUGAACCCCCAGUUGCUCAUCAUCAGUAGGUGAAUGAGGAGACAGUGUUGAAGUUAGUUGACGGUAGAAAAGCACCAUAUAAGUGAAAGCCCAAGCCCAUUAUCCAGAAGGAUUAUUUCGAAGGGAGUUUGAAAUAUUGUUUGUAACAUUUGUCCUGGAACUUUUCUCAGACACCUCAUACAUCUGGAUUGUUUCAGCAAGGAAAAGUGCAUACUGUAUUCCACAUCAUCUUACUAAUGCAACUACAUAAACCUUCCCAAUAACAUGUCAGGUUAGUUAAAAUACAUCAUCACAGGCCAUCUGUUAUUACUUACUAUGUAUCUAUUGCAUACGUUGUAAGCAGGGCUCAUUAUUUUUGGUUUUUAUUUUAAAAAAAUAAUGACAAUAAUGAUUAGAAUAAAAGCCACAAUACAAAAAGCAUUUCAUAUUACUUGGAUCGCACACACGCUUUGUCAAUUAUUCUUUCUCCAUAUUUUCCCCAUCUUUUCUCAU